UUAGUGACUGCUGAGAUCACAAUAUAGGUCGUUUCAACUUCUGUUUGAAUGGCUUUUGAAUUAGAGGUCACCGAGUAAUGAAACUUAUCAAAAGUUUAUUGACUAAUGAAAAAACACAGAUGGUGGAUUUUCAAAAUGGUCCAACUGCCACAGAUCAUGCGCAAUAUUGUUCUCAUACUCACGGCAACGUCAGUCUGCAUACUGCUGUCUAUCUUUUACGCAAGCAACAAGCCCUUUUCGAAAGUUUACCAUUUAUUUAAUUCUAAAAAAGAUGUUUUUAAACUUGCAAAACAAUUAAAUAGUGAACGUGUGUUCAAGGCCCAGCAAUAUAUCAAUGGAUUGAACAAAACAAAGCAGCCAAACUACGACAACCGACCGGAACUUGCAAUUGUUAUAGUAACCGUUAAAAGAAAAGCGUACGAUGCUAGUAGCCUUGGAUACGUAUUACAGUCCAUAGCAGCCACGCAUAAACUGUUUGUAAAUGAUCUUGUCUUCCCUAAGAAAACCAUGAUGAUAUGCAAUGUAGACUUGGAUCCUCAAAAUUACACAGAAAUUGUCAACUUAAAACCGUUUAUUCCGGUAGUGGAGCGAUAUGGAGCAUCCUCUUUACCAAUAACCAUUAACAGAAGUAGGAUAAAUAUGUAUGCAAAAAGAAGAUACAAUAGUAAAUAUGACAAAGAGACUGUAGACUAUAUGUACUGUUUAGAAUCGGCUCAUUCACUUGGUGCUAGUUACGUGCUGUUAAUAGAAGACGAUGCUCUUCCUCGGGAAGAUACAUUAGAAGUUCUCAAAAACAAAUUACUCUAUCUAAAGAGUAAAAAUAAGGAACGUUACUCGUACAUUAAGUUGUACUACCCACAAAGAUGGCAGGGCUAUGCGUACGAAUCUACCAGAAUACUAGAAAUUAUAAGUGUAGGGUGUGUUGGGGCGGGAUUGGUAGUCGCUAUCCAAUUUAUAACAUGUAGAACGAAGUCAUACUUUAUACAAGUGAUGUAUUUUUUAUGUGGUGCUUGGCUGUUCGUUACAGCUGCUCUUAUUAUAGCAAGACAAAACGUGUUCGAAUUUCAUAGAAUUUCUAAAUAUUUAUAUUCUUUGAGGAGUUCACCUGGUUGCUGUACACAAGCAAUGUUGUAUACAAGACAAUUCAUUCCGGCAUUAAUUGAUUUUUUAUCAGUGAAACACAAGGCAUUGCAUACUGACUUAGCCAUAUAUAACUUCACAAAUGUGACUGGUAUCCCAGCGUACCAGAUCGAACCUAAUUUGUUUUACCAUGUUGGAAUGUAUACCUCUUUGUCAUCAUCCGACAAGCAUAAAAACGCAGAAGAGUUUAUCUUCGAUGCAUGAUAAUGCAAUUUGAUAUAUUUAUUUGUUAUUUUUUAAGAAUAAAAUUGUUUCUCCUUAUUAA